AUGACCGUGGUGGUAGAAAUUUGGAUCCAAGCGAUCACUUCAAUCGACGAACUGACCAACGACUUCGAAAUGGACAUUUACAUCACAGAAACUUGGCUCGACCCAGCGCUCAACUUCCAGAAAAUGUCUCCUUGUAAAGGUCAUUUUUUUCUGAAUGCACGAAAAACCAUAUCCUGAAAGUCUGAACCUUUCUCAUAAUUUUUGGGACUCAGGACUGAGAAUUGAAGAAAAUCAAUGAAACCAACAGGAUUUGAUCAUUUUUGAGACCACUAGUUGGUCCGUCCAAAGGAGUCUUUUUUGAAAAAUUGGAAAUCUUUUUUUUUGUCUUUUUGAAACUUCGUGAAUCAAUUUCUCUUCGUCUGCUAGGUUCAAAAAUGAAAGUUUCAUCGAGUAAUUUGCAAAACAAAAAAAAUUUAGGUCAGUUUCAAAACUAAACCUGACUAGACCAAAAAGCUAUUUUUGAGAAAUCGAAAGUUUUAAUUUUUCGACUUUCAUAUGUUAAAAAUAAGUGAAUCUACUAGAUUUUUUUUUUCUGAAAGAGAAACAUUGUUUUUCAGGAAACUUAUCGCUGAAUCAUCAAGUUUUGGACCGUCUCUGGACACCCAACAGCUGUUUCAUCAACAGCAAAGUCGCUCAGAUCCACAACUCACCGUUCAGGUAA